AAAAAAUUUUGGGGAAAAAAAGGAGGUCGACCUUCGCAGCGAACGCAACAGAUCAUCGCAUCUACUCCCCUGGAUAUGUCUCUUUUGAGAAGGUUUGAAGAGGAGAAUGGUAAUCCACAGAAGCUCCUGCUAAAACAAAUGUAAUGCUUCUGAAUGCUGCCUUUAAAACCCGAAGAUCAGAUGACACGGAGAAAGGGUUGGCAGAACCGAAGGUCGUUCCUGUUUUGGAGUCCGCUGUAAUGGAGCCAGGUAAACUGCAGUUAGAGGGCAUCCAGGUUAGGACUGCAUACUUCAAGGAUCAUUUGAUGGAUUAUUCCUAGAUACUUCCAACAGAACAUUCUGAUCUGAUCGCCUUAGGGACGCCGCUUCUUUGAUGUUGAAGAUACAGGCAGGAAGGCCAUGGAUGUGAAAGAAAGAAAGUCGUACCGUUCUUUGACCCGGCGCCGUGAUGCUGAGCGCCGUUACACCAGCUCCUCGGCAGAGAGUGAGGACAACAAGAUACCUCAGAAGUCCUACAGCUCCAGCGAGACGCUAAAGGCUUACGAUCAGGACUCCAGGCUGACGUACGGCAAUCGGGUGAAGGAGAUGGUGCACCAAGAGGCGGACGAGUACUGCCGAACAGGCGCCAACUAUUCUUUGCGCGAGCUGGGCCUCGAAGACGUCUCGCCGCCCCACGGGACUCUGUACCGGACAGAUUUAGGGCUGCCCCAUUGCGGCUAUUCCAUUAGCGCUGGUUCGGAUGCAGACACCGAAGCGGACGCCGUCCUGUCGCCGGAGCCCCCGGUCAGGCUUUGGGGACGCAACACCAAGUCCGGCCGGAGCUCCUGCUUAUCAAGCCGUGCAAACUCGAACCUCACCCUCACGGAUACGGAACACGAUAACACCGAAACCG